AAAACAUCGGCUUCUGAAGUAAUUGGCAAGUGUCAUGAACCAUGUAAGUGCCAGAUUCUACUUUGUGGAUCUUCACAUACCAAUAUAACUCUUCUUGUUGACUUACAUUUUCAGCUGCCUAUUUGCUAUUAUUGCGGUUCAAAUGACAUCUGAAUUCUGAUUGGUCGAAACACAAGGACAGAACCUCUCUCUCCUUCUCUGAUUUAGCUGAAAUCUGAAGAGCCAAGCUAAAGUGUCUGAAUGGUAUAAAAAGUGAAUAAGAAAUAGGGAAUAAAGUUAAAUCAAGUAAUUCACAGGAUUGUGUACGGUGAAUUUACAAUAUGCGCGAUUUUAUUUGUAGAAAAUACUUCGACAUUUUUUGGAAUUAAGUCAAAAGCCGUCCUCUUUUUGUACAACAUUAAACACUCCAUUUUUUCAAGUGUAAAAUAAAAUUAGAGAGAGAAAAAAAAGAAAAUAUUCUUUUUUGGUCCUGAAAGAAAAAUAUAGAUUUUCAGUCUUACAUCCUUGCUUGCUUGAGGUGUUUAUUGUAGAAAUAGUAGAAAAACCUUCUCAAAAUUCCACCGCGGACAAUCAAGUCAGCUACCUGUGAUUACAAUUAUCUUUUCCUUAAUAUAUUUGCCCUGCCUACUUACUUGUCUAGGUUAUUAGAUUGCAGCAUAUAGGAGCGAGAGUACAGAACUGAAAUAUUAAAUCAACUUUUAACACCCGUAUAUUCUGUUAUUAUUUUAUAUGUCCAUAAUUUGCGUGCGUCCCGCCCAGUGCAAUAAAGCCUGUAGGUAGCAGUCAAAAUAAGCCCACUUAACACGACGAUUUACCUGGUUAAAAUUGGUAAAUAGCUGCUCAGACAAUACCGUCGUUAAUUUUCACUUUUAACCUGGCUGAAAUUGCUAAUGGUUGAAGGCUUUUCCCAGUAUUUCCGAAUUCCGGUGAUUGAAAACAGAAAAUACGGUGCCAUAUUUUGACGAGCAACCUCUCUUUCUUUUAAAUAAUGCUCAUUCCACUUUUAGUCUCCACUCAUAAGUUGUUACCUUUAUGCACAUAACUUACUUGAAGACUAGUUUAUCGUUUUAUCUGGUCAGUUUUGCGCACUUUUAACACUGAUGUAGUGCAAAUUAUGACCUCGUAAACCUGAAAAACUGCCCAAACCAAGCUCUUUAAAGGACCAGUAAUUCAAAUUUACCUUUUCAGAAAGUUUGCCCAAACUGCCAUUUAAAAGUUUAUCUCCGACCUAGUUCACUCUUUAUUGUUGUUUUUAUUGUUCUUUUAAUGCUCUUAGAGUAAACGAAACUUGGUAUACCUUCGCAGCUUUGAGUUUUUUUGAUAGCGUUAUAUGACUCAAUAAAAUUGUCUUCUGAACAAUUUGAGCAAUCAGAGCGAACAAAAUUUAUAGACUUUAGAGCAAAUUUUUAUUUUUAAGGCUUACAAUUAUUGCAGCUCUUGUGUUUAUAGCUUUUUCUGUAGUUCAUUCUUUAUCAUCAAAAACAGACAAAAAAUACUGAAUCAAUUAUCAAAAUAUUACUUGAAACGAUUCAAAUAAAUUUAUAUUACGAUUGACUCAACUAUAAAAUUUGAUCCGGUCUAGAACGAGGUCAGCCUUUUGAAGAGAGAAGACCUAUUUAUUGCCAGCACCUUGAUAACCUAUUUUUACAAUCGAAACAGAUCUAAAAUUGGUCAUUAAUUCGUCUUACAUCUUAUUCAAGUUCAUUAAGCUGGACACUUUUUAUUUUAAUCCAAUUUCAGUUUAUCGUUGCUCUUAAAUCGUUUGCCAACUAAAACUUAAAUUAUCAGCAAACUUGGAUGAUGUUUUCAAAUUGUGUCUCAAAUAACUUGUUGAAGCUAUUUAUAGCACUCUCAGCGUUCCAUGCUAUCAACUGUGCUCAGAGUCCAAAACUGGAGGUUAUAUGUGCACCCAAGACGAUAGCAAACGAGGGAACCCAGGCGAAUCUGGAGUGUACUUACACGGUUCCAAAUGACGUCAAGGUCAAAGGUGUCACCUACGACCACAACGGGCAAACAGUCUACACGUAUCAAGUCGGAUCUGAGCCAAUAGUGACAGACGACGAGUUCCAAGGAAGACUGAGCAGAUAUGGGAGUGAACUGAUGCCUAGCAUCAAUAGUAUCUUCAGACAACCUGAGGGGGAACUGGAGGUGGGGAGCAGUGUGACCUUGACCUGCGAGGUGGAUGCACAGGACUCAUCUCCUACCAUCUCAUUCUUCCAGAAAAAAGAGGAGUUUGGGAAGGGGACAGAACGAUUUGCUUCCCAGAAGCCAACAUUCACCAUCAAUUCCGUCAGCAUCUCAGAUGCCGGAGAGUGGUACUGCUUAGCCGAAAACUCAGUUGGAAGUUCGCAGUCCAGUAAACUCCAGCUCAUUGUGAAACACAUUCCUUUUGCUGUGAGUCAGAACCCGAGGCAGUUCAAUGCGUCACUGGGAACAAACGCGAGACUAGACUGUCAGUUCGAGACUUACCCCGCCUUAAAGAGAUCCACUUGGUAUCAGAGAGAGACGACAGCCUUCGGAAGAGUGAACUGGCUACCCGUAGAAUCAUUAUCCCUAAUUAGUCCCAACUCAUUAGAGAGCAGCGAGGGCAGCAGUAGUAGUAGUUAUAGUGGUGGUGGUGGAAGGUUCAAAGAAGGUGUCGCGGGAGCAGACACAGCUGUGUUACAUAUCAGGGCAGUGGAGGCGGGUGACUUGGGGGUGUACAAAUGCAGUGCCGAUAAUGGGGUGGGCAAAGGGGAGUGUGAAGUCAGACUAGAAGAAGGCGAAGAGAUCAUUCCAAACACGAGCAAAAGGACAUCUGACAAGUCAGUUUCGUCAAGUCCCAGUCACGGUUUUACUCUAACAUUGACUUUGAUUUCCCUUCUACGGACGUGUGAACUGUUUUGGUGACGCAGUUUGGCAGUCGACAGCUUUCCAUUAUCAUCAAAAAAGCAUCAGAGGCUCUAGCUUUUGGUUAAGCUCAAAUUCCAUUAAUGCUUCAGACUCAUAAACCAAGAAAAUGCCAAACAAUAGAAAAAAAUGGUUGCCAAAAAACUCUUCUUUUAUUAUUUCUGUUUUCAUUUUUCUGUUUCACUCAAAUUUUCAAUUUGAACAAAUUAAAUUUGUAACCAAUAAAAAUCGUAAAUUACUUC